CCACAUCCACCGCUGCAGGUGGAACGGCAAUUGAAUCCCGCGGCAGCCUGCCCACCGAACAGGCAGGCCCGGCCCCGGCUGCGGCUGCCACACCGUCGAAAACCGCUCGCCGCGCGCGCCCACCGUGUGCAGCGCGCGUCUUACAGAAUAAAUCUCCCGCCCCCCGCCUCCCCCAACCACACCACCGCCGCUUACCGCCAUAUGAUUCCGAGCUACUGCUGCCACUCCACCGGUAAUCCCCCAACAGGUACACCGCACACCGCACACCACCACUUCCACCUCCGUUUCUUGGCCUGUUUGCUGCGCUCGCGCGAUCGAAUUCGAUCGGGACGGCUGGGUCAUGGCUUCCAUCGUGCUGCUGCUGUCGGAGCUGCUGGGCGGGGAGAGCGCCAGCGUGCUGGCGGCCAACCGCUACAUGGGCGGCCAUAGCCUGCGGGAGUUCCGGCCAGCGGUGACGGAGGCGUCGGCCAAGGUCGGCGCACGGCCGGCGGGAGCAGACCACGCGGCCGCCGCCGGGACAGGGCGGGAGGAGAAGAGGAAGGAGGAGUCCUUCGAGGAUCUUUUGGUGUCCAGGAUAGCGGUCGAUGUGAUGUGGCCUUGAGAGCGAAUCAUCGGUUCAGUCUAGUACUUGGGACUUGUGACAGAUCAAUCGUUCCUUUCUCUGUUCGUUGCGCAACAAUUGAGCAUGUAAAUACAUGAAGAAUUGCUGAAUGUUGCUACGUACUUUGCCCUGAAAA